CCAAGCCUCCGCCUCCGAACCUCUUUCGCCUCCAAACCUCUCUUGCUUCCAAACCUCCAAACGGCCGCACCAUUGAACCGUCAUCAAACAACUUCCUUCGCUCAUAAUGUUGCUGCCGCCGCAGGACCCAUUGGUAGUCAGCAUGGGCAACCCGAGAAUUGCGAACGAUCCGCUACCGAGGGAAUACACCCGAGAUUACACAUUCGACGUGCGGCUUAUUCCCAACACCGCAAGGCACAACCCGCCACUGGACUGGAUCGUCGUGGCCGUUUUCAAGUGCCAUGAUCUGCUGCAGGUAAUGCAGAAGGGCCUGUUUUGGUCGACAUCCAACGUGGUGCCCGGCGAUGCAUAUUUUACCAUCAUGCCCGACGUUGACAUGUACACGGUCAAACGUGUAUGGGGACUGCGCGAGUUCCCUGACAGGCCCAAGUCGCAGUCAAGCUGGGUGGCAGAAAUCUCUCUGUAUGCCUGCUCGAUCCCAACCCUUGCGAACUUUCGCCUGCAUCACCUGCACCAGCGGAAUAUCUCCUCCUGCGAAGCUAUGACGGACGAGGGAGUGCACGUUUUUAAAUAUUCUCGCCUCUUUCCUCUCACAAACAUCAACUGUUUUGCCGACGACCUGCAUCCGUCCUAUGGCUCGUGGUGGUUUUGGCCCAUGGAUACCGUCGUCGCGGACUGCGGCGCCUUGACUCUAGGGCCGGGGGAGAGAAUGGAAGAGUACUAGGGGAAAGUGUGAUUCCCCUCCCUAUAGCCAUAGGAAAGGGGGGAAAGGAAGCCUAGAGCAAUUAAUGUAAUUUUUGCAAUUCCAUAAACACAUAAAUGUCGAGAGAGAAAGCAAAGAAAUUGGUGAUGGCAGCAGCAAAGCGGGCCGAGACAUUUCAUCUGCUCGGGCCGGCUCAC